GGGCACGGCCACAGCGACCACGUGACACCUCUCACAGUCUCACCUCGUCGUCCUCGUCCCUUCCGCGGCCAGCCAGGCAGUCAGGCCGGCUGGCCGAGGCAGCCGUGCCCACGUGCACGAAGCAGCGGGCCGUGACGUGGUUUGGGGCGAGCAGGUGACCGGCGAGUAGAAGUAGAAGUAGGCUAGCAACCUGCACGCCUACCCGUCCCACGCACCUCCCGACUUCUCCGGUUCUCCCUUCUUCAUAGCAGCCACCCACGCAUCUCAGCGCCGAGGCGAGCGAGGACCUCGUGGUUCGUGCCCUGCUCACCUCGUGAGGAUGUGGAUCGCGAGCCGGCUCUUCCUCGCGGCGGCGGCGCUGCUGAUGGCUGUGCUUCUGCUCGUCGCGGGGCCGGUGGCGGCGCAGGACGCGGCGGUGGAGGGCGUGGCCCCGCCUGCGGAGGAGAUCGCGGCGAACGCGAGGGCCAAGGAGGCGGCGGUUCUGGCCGCCGAGCUAGUGCAGCUCAGGGCGAAGAUCUCCGCGUUAGAGUCUCGCAUUGCAGAGCAGAACCUGGAGUUCAAGACCAAGAAUGAUGCAAUCGAAACACUGAAUAUGAUUGUCAAGGAAAAGUCACAGAAGAUUGCUACUAUGCAGAAUGAAGCCAAAGGGUCUUUAGCUGCAGAGGAGCAGGCAAGCAAGGCCAAUGCACUGGCUAUUGAGCUCAAGAAGCAGACCGAGAAGCUCAAGAAGGAUAUUACAGAACAAAAAAUUAAAAAAGCAGCUCUGGAGGCUAGGGCUGGCAAUGCUGAUAAGAAGGUGCAAGAGCUAAAUAUGAAGCUGGAGAAGCUCCAGAGGACAAGCAGUGAUCAAAAGCGCAGGAUUCAGAAGACUGAACAUGCUCUUAAAGCUGCUGAGGAGGAGCUGAUGAAGGCUCAGUUGGAAACAACAACAAAAGUAAAACAGCUUAGAGAGGUUCAUGGAGCCUGGUUGCCACCAUGGUUAGCGACACAUGCAGCCCGCUCUAUGGAGGUGAUGUCAAAUCACUGGAAUGAACAUGGGAAACCUGCCUUUGACAGCUUCUUGCAGAAGGCAUCUGAAAAAACAGUGCAGACAAAGAAAUGGGCUGAGCCUCAUCUGGAAACUGCUAAGACAAAAUGGAUGCCUGUUGCUAAAGAAAAAUGGGUUACCUUGAAGAAACAUGCAAAGCCCUAUGUCCAAAUGGUCUCAGAGAAAUCAUUGGAGGCUUAUCAAACAUCAAGUGACUUUGUCAGGCCUCAUCUUGUAAAUGCACAUCAAGUUGUUGAUCCCUAUUUCCAGGAAGCCAAGAAAUUAUCCAAGCCAUAUGUUGAUCAAAUUGCUACAGCUACUAAACCACAUGUCGAGAAAGUUAGAACUGCUCUCAAGCCUUAUACUGAAAGAGCACGACAUGUAUAUGGACAGUUUCUUGAGACAGCUACUACAUAUCAUCAGCAGGCUCAGGCAACUAUCUCGGAUUACCUUCACCGGCAUGAGUUUACAAAACAGUUUGUAACUAAAGAGUUGGUGUGGUAUCUGGCUUCUGCUUUAUUGGUUACACCCUUCUUUGUUUUGUACACACUCCUAACUGAAACAUUCUGUACCAAGAAGAAGAAGAAAACACCUCGGAGCAGUAAUACCAACCAUGGUCAUAGGAGACAUAAGCGCCGGCAUGCUGACAAGUAAAACAUUGAUCAACCAUGGUCAUUACUUUUUUUAUAACGAUCUUGGAAGCUUGACCAUUUACCUUUCACUGUAAAUGGUAUAGACACUAUCAUCCGUCAUCGCCGAACCUUGUUGUGUAUCCACGAACUAGAAUACACACAAGAAAUGUGUUUCUGCCCCCCAUCGUGUUGGGAGAGUUGUGUUUUUCAUCAGAGUAGGGACCGCGAGCUUAAAUCUGUGGGUGUCAUUUCAUAGGUUAUUUGUUGUAGCAUUGUGCUUGAGCUUGUGUAAUUCAUGAUUAUUUUGUCUCGCGUUUGUGGAUCACUUCAGCCACUACAUUAUUCUACAGCUUCCACUCGGUGUAAAAGUUUUAUCUUCCACGCUGGGAUGCUGUGGUUUGGAGAAAUUCUAGUACCAAGAAAAACCUUAGUUUUA